AUGGCGGAAGUUGUGGCUGUUUUGCUCCUCAUCAUAUUCUCAGUGACUCUCGUGAUGACUUGGCAACUGAGCCAGAUCAGACCGUUCGAGACGAAUCUGUGCGAGGAUCGCCAAACGGAGGGCAUCAUCUGCUACAGUUGCAGUGUCGUUGCGGUAUGCGUGCCAGUUGAUGGGGAGUGGCUCACGAUUCCAAUUGAGGAGUGUGACACGGGUGGCGGCUUCUUCUGCAACGUGAACGCCGGCUCGUGCUCAAAUGCCUCGGGACCGUGCAAUCCAAUUGGCCACGAGAGGAACUUCGUCUGCACUUCGGCCGGUAUCUUUCCUGAUCCUUACGACUGCCAGGUCUACCACAUGUGCUACCAAAGUGGCAACAGUUUCGGCGCAAUCAAUGUGGAGUGCGGUGGGAAUUAUGCAUACUCGGUGGAAACUGGUGACUGCUCCAUCACAAUCGAUCAUCACGUGUGUCGAGAGCACCAGUAUCGGUGUGAGAAUGUAGGCGAUCGGGCACCGUGGCCGGGGAAUCCCAAUAUCUUCUACGUGUGCAAGGCGGAGACACGCGAAGACGGCCAGAGAGUGCUCUAUCCAGGACUCUAUCGUUGCGGAGCUUCUGAACACUUCAUCAACAACGAGUGUCGUCAGAUCACUGGAGGAGAUCAGUCAACUCUUCCGCCGGGCAAUGAUUGCAUUGCUCAGGGAAUGUUCGUCAACUCCCUGGACUGCACGUCAUAUCUGCUGUGCGAUCAUGAGUUGAAUUUACACGUGAUUCAGUGUCCGGAAGAAUCAUUCUUCAAUCCCGUCAACAUGGCGUGCGAGCGAGGAAAUUGCACUAAUUGAAAGAUAAUUUUAUUUGAUAGUUUGAUCAAAUCACUCCACUGUAAAUUUCUUCUUCGGAUUUAAUUAUGAGAAAUUAUGGAAUUAUAAACAUUAUACAAAUAAAUAAUAACAUAAUGAUAGAUUUAGAUUUGAAUUGUAUUGAAACGAUUGAAACAUUAUUGAAACUUGAUAGAAAUACAAGAUUUCUAAUGCUUUUGUGGGGCGUUUUAGUGUGGGUCGGUUCAGCUGGGAUGUGACGUCACUUGUCAUAACAAUUUAGAAUAUUGUGAAAUAAGUGCGCAGGAAGCAAAUUUCCUCCUGAAACCGCAGAGAAUUCAGUGUAAAAGUGUGAAAA